CCGCACAGAAUGGCUGUCCCCAAGCCAGAAGAACUGAAGAAUCUCCGGGAGUCUUUCCAGGCCAAGAAGCAAGCAUGUUUCAUCUUGGGUGCCUCAGGUGAGACUGGGAAAGAACUGCUGGCUGAGGUCUUGAAGCAGCAACUAUUCUCCAAGGUGACGCUCAUUGGCCGGCGGAAGCUGGAUUUGGAAGGGCCGCCCUACAGCAGCGUGAAACAAGAAGUUGUUGACUUUGAGAAACUGGAUGAGUCUGCUGCCGUCUUCCAAGGCCACGACGUUGGAUUCUGCUGCCUGGGAACGACCAGAGGCAAAGCUGGAGCGGCUGGAUUUGUGCGAGUCGACCUUGAUUAUGUUCAGCACUCGGCAGAAUUGGCCAAAGCCGGCGGAUGCCGCCACUUCAUCUUACAGUCAACUAAGGGGGCAGAUGCCUCCAGCUCAUUCCUUUACCUUCGAGUUAAGGGUGAAGCAGAGUCCAGGGUCAAAGCAUGUGGGUUUGACCGCUGCUCCAUUUUUAGACCAGCGGUGCUGCUGUGUGAUCGUCGGGAGUCUCGUCCUGCCGAGUGGGUAACCAGGAAAGUCCUCGGAGCAGUAGCCUACGUCUGCCCCACCUUGUACUCCGUCCCCACGGUGACCGUGGCUCGGGCAAUGGUGAACAACAUAGUGAUGCCAGCACCUGAAAACCAGAAGGUGGAAAUUCUGGAGAAUGCUGAGAUACAUGCCCUAGGAAACAUUAAAUAGUCGGGAGGCUUGUUCCUGGA